CCGAGCAGCGGAGCAGGGAGAGCGGGCUGAGGCUGGACUACUGCCCGGCACAGGACUCAAACAUGUCGGGGGAAAAGACCACGAGUCCCUGCGGGAAAUUCCAAGCGAAUAUUUUUAAUAAAAGCAAGUGUCAAAACUGCUUCAAGUCCCGCGAGCUGCAUCUGUUGAACGACCAUGACAUGGAGCAGCCUAAACCCAUCUAUGGAGGCUGGCUGUGUUUGGCUCCUGAGGGGACAGAUUUUGACAACCCGAUGCAAAGGUCACGGAAAUGGCAGCGGCGCUUCUUUAUCCUGUAUGAAGAUGGCAGCCUGCACUUUGCCCUGGAUGAACUGCCAAGCACUUUGCCUCAGGGGACAGUGAACAUGAAUCUGUGCACAGACAUCACUGAUGCAGAGCCCAGGACGGGACAGAGAAACGCACUCUGCAUCGUCACGCCGGAGCAGGAAAUAUUCAUCCGUGGUGAUAAUAAAGAGAUCAUUAAUGGGUGGAGUGAACAGCUCGCCGUCUAUUUGAGGACUAACAAGCAGAAUCAGAAGAAGAAACGUAAAGUGGAACCUGUUGCCAGCCAGGAACCCAGUCCAGCAAAGAUAACUGCAACUGAUCCAAGUUUUCCGUCCUCUGAGAAAGCUGCAGAGUCCGGCUGGCAGGAAGACAGGGGACCGGGUGAAACCCCCAUAUGGUCUGUCCCAGACUCAGAUCCCCCGGGCCCGGAGAAGACCCCUGCAGGCAACACAUCUAGCUACCUGUGCCUGGCCUCUGCUGGCACUUUCAGUAGCCCAGUUGGCUCCUUGGACCUGGUGACCGGUGGAAACUCUGACCCCGGCAGUAACAACCAGCUGGCUGAGUCAAACAACAUCCAAACAUCAGCAAACAACAAAAAACAGAACCAAGACAAAAGAAAUGGCAGCCCAACAGAGAGGCUGCUGGGAGGAUUGGAGGCCAAACAGAAAGAGCAGGAAGAAGAAGAAGGGGGGACGGCGGUUUCCAGGACGGGCAGGAGUGAAGCUCGCACCAACAAGCGAGAGAAGCUGCAGUCAUGUGGAGACAUAGUCCAGCUCACUGCACCCCCACCCCAGAGACGAGCCAAGUCUCUGGACCGCAGGACGUCUGACACCAUCAUGACGCCAGACUUAUUGAACUUCAAAAAAGGCUGGAUGGUGAAAUUGGAUGAAAAUGAGCAGUGGAAGAAAUAUUGGUUUGUACUGUCAACUGACAGUCUGAGGUACUACAAGGACUCGAUAGCUGAGGAGGCUUCAGAUCUCAAAGGAGAAAUCGACCUAACGAAGUGUUAUAAUGUGUCGGAGUAUCAGGUGCAGAGGAACUACGGCUUUCAGAUCCACACUCCAAAGGGGGUCUUCACAUUGUCGGCGAUGACUUCAGGGAUACGUAAGAACUGGAUCCAGGCUCUGAUGAAAAACGUCCGUCCAGCGAACGCCCCGGAUGUCGCCAGUUUACCUGGACUCCACAGUCCCUGCAGCCCACCUGAAGUUCUCCCAAAACCAGACGUGACUCAGGACUCUCCCCCCGCCGACGUCUCCACAGAGCGAGACCCCAAACACAGGAGCGUGAUGGAGAGACGGCGAGAGGGACGCUACAAAACCUUUGACUGGGCCGAGUUCAGGCCUCAGGCUAACAAACUGCCUCCGGACCCUCAGAGGAGUAAAGCUCUGUGCUCUCUGGAGUUAGGCGACCUGGAGAGGAGGAAGAGGAGGGAGGAGAGGAGGAGGAGGUAUGAGAGCAUGCUGGGCUUCCCUCUGGGCUGGGAGGUGGCUGGAGAUAAGACGGGAGACUUCCGAGCGAUCAGUCCGAAAUCACAGCAGAAAGUGGAGGAUGACAUCGAAGAGUGCUGGAGGCAGGUGGAGAAGACAAUUUUCAGACUGGAGAGAAAAGUCCCGAUAUUCCCUGAAACCAGAGACUCUGUGGAGGUGGAGAAGCUGCUGGACACCUACAGGACCGGGGUGGAGGAUCUGAAGUUCCAGUUGGAAGAGUCAGAGCGUCGCAGACUGGAGCUGGAGGCUCAGCUGAGUACGGCAGAAUUUUAUCAGCAGCAGAUGGACCCUCUUCUCAGUCCUGAAGCAGAUCUUUGCCCAUCGGACACACAUGAAAAGCCAGUAAACAGCAGCACACAGACCCCGAGCGAUGUGUGCACAGAAACCAGAGAGCUCUUACAACAGCAGGACAUUAUCAGCGUGCAGGAGCAGCUCAAUUUUGAAAUGCCUCGGUCAAUGCAUCAGACGCCCAGAAUCUGGCUGCACGACACGGAGGGCAACUUCCAAGAACUGGAAGAUCUGCUCCCUGACACGCCUUUAUUAUUAUCACCUGCGUCAGACAGCGAACAGUUGUUUGCCCCGAGUGACGAAGAAACUGUAGACUUAAACAUUGCAACAAUAAACCAGCAGAAUGAGCUGGACAAAGACGACCAUGAGCAGCUUCCCGGCUCAGAAACACAAAUAAACAACAGUGAAUAUGGUUCAUUAAAUCUGGAGACGCCUGAUGAAGGAGAUGACGACUCUCUGAGCUGCUGCGUGGAGCAACACAUACCUCCAGACCCGGCGCUGGUGAGGAAGCUGUCCCAGGAGGUGGAGCUGCUCACCAGCCAGAACGAGGCUCUCAACCAGCGCAACCAGGAGAUGCUAAACCAGCUGACAGAGGCCGACCGUGAGAUAGAGCGGCUGAAAGUGGAGCUCAGCAGCAGGUACACCGAGCCGCACCACCUUCCUGAAGUGGAGCAGCUCGGACAAACACGAGUAGAAGAUCUGGAGCAGGAGCUGAGCUCCAGAGACCAGCAGCUCCAGGAGGCCCAGACUUUAAUCACCUCCCUGGAGGAGAACCUGAGGGAGACGGAGGCGCUGCUGCAGCUGAACGCCCCGACAGAAACAGGAGAGACAGGACAGGAGAAUAAGGGGUACCUGCUGCGAUGCUUUGAGGCCACCGAGGCCAAGUUGACGCAGCUGGAGAGGCAGCUCAGCCAAUCAGAAAUUACCUGCAGGGAGCUCCAGAUGCAGAACGCAGAGCUGAAAGAAGCUGAGAAAAUCUACCGUCAAACAGCGGCAGAUGUGGAGGCUGAAAUCAGGAGGCUGAGUCAAGAGCUGGAGGAGAAGGAGAGGGUGGAAGAUGAAGUUAGUGACAAAUGUGAUUCUGGUGAAGAAAGGAUCCGGCAAGUGAUAGACGGGAUGGUCAUGAGGCUGAAAGCUUUGGAGAAACUACUGGAGGUGAUUGAGAACUUGGAUUUUAGUUUGAGAAAGGAGGAAGAGAGAGUGGAGAGUCAGUUGAAGCAGGAGGAGGAGUUUUGGAGUUUGCUGCUCGACAAUCUGAAGGUGGAGGAGAAACCUGAAGAAAAGCUUCUCAGAGAGACGACAGAACUUUUGUUAGUGGAGAAACAAAUUCUGCUUUUAGGGCAACGAUCACUCUCUGAGACAUGCACAGAUGAAGGGAGGGAAAGUGUGAAAGAUCUGGAUAUUAUUUGGGAUAUUGCAAGUGAGACAGAAACAAAGAUGGAUGAAAGCAGGAUGUUUGAUUUCAGCAACCAGCUGUAUGAGAUGAGACAUUUUAGAGGAAUCACACAGGUGAAAAUAUCUUUCCUAAACCAGCUCGCCUCCUCCGUCAACACCCCAGCUGCUGAAAAACUCCAGCUGAUGCUCGACAGGCUCUCCAACCAGCAUCCCUGCUCUGGCUUCAUUCACUCUGCAGCAACUGAAGCGUUUUACUGCUAUCAUUUAGGCUGGCUUCAGUCAAAAUACGAGAGAGAGCUUGAGCAAACAAAACAGACUCUCAUCUGCAGCAAAUGUGUCGACUUCAUGGAAGAAAACAGCGAGCUAAGAGUGAAACUGUCAAACUUAGAGGAGCAGUCGUCAUUGUUGUUGUUGAGUAAUAAGAUAAACACGAGCUGUCAGACAGAAGAAACUCACCCACAGGACGCAGAUGUUGAAGAAGAGGUAGCAGGUGAAUUAGGGGAAGAAGAGGAGAUUGAGUUCCUGGAGAUCCCACCUCCAUGUGCUGAAGCUCAGUCAGGGAUGCUGGAGGUAGAAGAUGAAAACAGAGAGGAAAGUGAUGCAGAGCCUUUGGACUCGGAGCAAGUUUUAGAGCUGAGAAGAAGAGUGGAGGAGCUGGAGGAGCGACUGGCCGUGAUGGCGGAGGAGAUGAAAGAAGAACUUGAUGGGAAAAUGAGUACUCUUCAGACGCAACAUGAGAAGGAGAUGGAGAAGCUGAAGGUCACGUGUGAGCGCGGCUUCGCCUCCAUGGAGGAGUCUCACCUGAAGGUCGUGGAGGAGCUGCAGCGCCGACACCAACAGGAAGUGGAGCGCCUCCUGCUGGAGAGAGACAGACUGCUGGAGGAGGAGAGCGCCGCUACUGCAACCGCAAUUGAAGCGAUCAAGAAUGCCCACCAGCUGGAGCUGGAACGGGAGGUGCAGAAAAGGAGUCAGUCAGAGAGCAGCACAGGAAACACACACCUGGAGGAGGUUUACAGACAACACAGCGAGGAGCUGGCCUCGCACCAGCGGGAGCUCGAGGUUUUGUCGCAGCAGUUCUCUCUGAAGUGUCUGGAGAACGUUCAUCUGGUUCAGGCUCUGGACGCUGAGAGGAAAGCUUUGUGUCAGUGCCAGCAGGAGAACCAGGACCUAAGGACCAGAAACCAGGAGUUGAGCGGUCACCUCGCAGCAGAGAUCACCAGACUUUGUUCUUUGGCGAAGCAGGACGACCUGCCACUCAGUCAGGGGAUGGACGUGUACGAAAUGGAAAUCACCCUGCGAGUGAAGGAUUCUGAGGUUCAGUGUUUGAAGCAGGAGAUCACGUCUCUGCGGGACGACCUGCAGUCAGCACAGAGGGACAAGAGGAAUGCCACAAAGAAGUACAAAGACAUGUACACGGAGCUGAGCAUCACGAGAGCUAAAACAGAGCGAGACAUGGAUGAGCUGAGAGAAAACCUGAGGCUGGCUCAUCACGCUCUGCACCAGGCUUCACCCUGAAAACGUCUAUUUCUACUUGUGUCUUCACUGUUGUUUUCUUCCUGAAGCUUUUCCCAUGAGAAAUGUAUUUAAAACAAAAUCUUAUUUUAUGUUCUAUUUACUAAAUCUACAAACGUUCAUCCACAACCUCACUUCACAUUCCUUUUUGUUUAAAGAUGUUUUUAUUGUCCGUCUCUGUUGUGGAUCAUUUAUUAACCUUUUUGACUCUGCCAUUUCUGCGGCAAUCGUCCUGUGAAAGUUAUUUUUAUAUUUCCCAGAUAAUAUCAUAAAAAGUGUUGUGUGUGUAUAUAUUUUAUCUGUACAGCCAUUUUAUUAUUGUGACACUUAAAUCUGAUACAAGUUUGUUGCUCUCACUCUCUUAUCCUAUGCUGUAUGUGUCAUUAAACUGGUCAAGUUUUUUGUUUUUUUUAUCAAUUAUUUAAAUUAAAGUCAUUUUUAAACAUUU